AUGAAGUGCACACGCGAUGAGAUCAAGUUUCGAGGGCAAACUUUAGUUAACUGGGUGCGACCGCGGCCCGUCAAUCCUUUCUUUAAUGCCCUGCAGAGCAAACGCCAAUUCGAUUCGCUAACGGUAGGAGUUAUCUGGACGUUGCUGGUGCCAUUGCUGGCGCUCCUGCCGGGUUACACGUAUUCCGGCACGUGUGACAGCUCUCUUGGAAUGACCACUGGCUACAUUAAAGAUUGGCAGAUAGCCGCCUCCUCAUCGUCUGCGUUAGAGCUUGACAAACAUUCUCGUGAGAAGUACGCACGGCCGUACCUGCCAAACGGCUUUGCGUGGUGUGCUGGCGGCAACGCCUCGUCAGAAUGGUUGCUCAUCGAUUUAGGUGUCAUGUCGAAGAUUACUGGUAUAGUGACACAAGGCAAAGGAGACAAAAAACGAUGGGUCACCAAAUACACGGUGUCGCACAGCCUAGAUGCAAUUCAGUGGAGAUACUGCAUGGAUGCAUAUGGGCAACAAAAGGUGUUUCACGGCAACACGGACUCGUUCUCGGCGCGUCAUCACUACUUGCAAGAAGCCAUGCUAGCGCGAUUCGUGAAGAUCCACGUGAAACAUUUUCACGUGCAUCCUUGCAUGCGCGUCGAGCUGAUGGGAUGUCGAGGACAGCAAGGCACAGCAGAGUUCUGUGGAGCGCAGACCGCGCCGAACCACGUGGCUGAAAGAAUGAUGAGGGCUUGGGAGGCAAUGCAUCUGAAUAAUGGCUUUCCUGGGCCAGCAUUUGGCAAGAUCAUUCGAGAUCAACAGGGUAAGCCGGAUGGCAAAACAACAAUGAAAGAAGACCUGACUGCCAUGCAUGACUGCACUAGAGAACAUAGCAAGUAUGCACGACCAAGGACAGUAACGCAGGACAAUCUAAUACACAUUUGUGGAAGUUUCUCUACGUUCGGUGGCAACUCGGACAAAUUCCUCGAGCGGCGACACUACAUAAAUGAGCCGUUCAUCGCUCGAUUUAUUCGUCUGCAUCCCAUGCAGUGGAUGCAUCACGUCAGCAUGCGCGCUGGCAUUAUCGGCUGCCCACACACGGGGGAAUGUGUGGGAAACUUUAUGCAAGUUACACAAGAUACUAACUGUGUAGAGAACCUGGCGCAGAAGCGACGUACGUGGUGUAAUGACAAGAGCAAGAAGUAUCGACGUGGUAGAAGGUUUGACAGGCUUGCGUUAGCUGUCGACGGUGUGCUAGACACGUCUCUGCACAUGUGCGCCGUGCUCGAUAACGCCUACGUGCAAUACCCACGCUUCAUGAUCGACCUCGGACGAAAACACACGGUUCACGGAAUCGUAAUCACUACAUGGCAAGGCAUGGGCCAAGAUGCCGAUCACAGAUUCAGCGACUACCUGCUCAAUUUAGAGAAGAUUGCCGUCUACGUGGAGACCCACCGCAAACUCACCAGGAUGCGUGACGAGCAAAGGUGUGCCGAAAUCAAUCGAACGAGUAACGCAGUGUUCGCGCCAAGACUGCUGCUCGAAUGCGGCACGCCCACGCGCGGCAGAUACGUGUACCUAGAAGGACACGGCACCACGAACCGAUGGAGCCUGAGAUUUUUCCUGGUCUUGUGUGAGAUCCAGGUGUACUGAUAUGCUCGUCCUUGCUCGCCUGAGAUAUUUUUAGUUUUAGUCGAGUAAAGGUUGAUAUUCAUUAGUUGUCCACUGACCGGUGAGAUACGCUUGAUCUUAGUCCGCGCUCUCCUUACUGUCUAUUUGUCGUUGGUGAUUUGUUAUAAAAAAAACAAAAUUGAGCUAAAAAAUGCGAAUUUUUAAUAGCGAUAAAUAAAUUCUUGAUUUACGAACACAAAUUGCAUAUUUUAUAUAGCGCGUUUUGAUGUUCGAAAUAUCAAAUUCGGAUAUUAAAUUCUCGAAAUAGCUCUAGCUACUUUACGCCGAUUUGUAAUUAUUAAGCUUUAACUAAAGGGGCUAUUGCGGCGUUGUAUAGCGAUGGAUAUAGUUAGAGUUUGCAAUUCAGCCAUUGUACCCUUUACCGAUUACAAUAAUAUUAUUACAAUGCCGUUAUUAAUCAAUGCAAAAUAUAGU